AUGGUGCGAAAGCUCAAAAUGCACGAGCAGAAAUUGCUCAAAAAGACUGAUUUCAUGCAAUGGGAGGUGGACCAACAAGGUCGACAGGGUGAAAUGCUGAGAAAGUUUCGAUUUUUCACUCUUUCAAAUUUCCAAUUUUUUUUUUCCUAGGUUUCAUGUCACGAAAAGAGAACACUACGCGUUGUACAAUAGGCUUGCCGCCGAGGUCAGAAUUUCCUUGUUAUUUAUUGGCCCUUUUAAUUUUUUGUUUCUUACUGUAGAAAAAUAAUUCGAGCUUUACAAGCUACACAGACAAAUCGACAAGGUACUAUAAUGUGUCCACAAAGAUACCUCUCAAAAUGGAUUGUGAAGACCCCAUAUAGACGAUUCACGGCUAGCUUGGGACGCAAAAAGGCGUGGCCUGUCUGCACUCUCAACCAAGCAGGGCACUGUCUCGUCUCUUUUCGUGUCAGGACCCUUUUCUCGAUGGCUCAAGGCAGCCGUGAAUAAGCUAUAACAUGUCCAUCGUGAGACCUUCAGCAUACCUUUUAGCUAUAUCUGAGCCAUCUCGGAGGUAUUUUAGAGUCUCCCUCAAGUAUAUAUCAUUUAGCUCAAAAUCCUCAAAGGUAUCUUCGAAGUACCAUCGUGAGACUUCAGAGCCUGCGAUAUACCUCAGAGGGUCUCGCGAUACCCUUUUUCGAUUAUCCUAUGUAUGAAAUUUUGAUCAACAAAAAUUAUAAUUAUGAGGGUUUUGCGGCUUGAAGUUUUCAAAAUACGAUUUUUUUUAAAUUGAAUGGAGUAGUGCAAGUGUACUUUGCAUGAAUAAAUAAAUUAAUGAUGAUUUUUCUAGGUUCGAGCCAUUGCUGAACUGAUCAAGAAUUUGCCUCCUGGAGAUUUGAAGAAAAAUGAGUUUACAAAACAACUUUUGGAUCGUUUUUACGCCGCCGGCGUUAUACCCACCGCCGAUGGCUUGGAAAGGCUUUCAAAGGUUUUAUUUUUCAUGUACUCUUGAAAUAAAUAGAAAAUCUUUUCGGUUUCCGGUGCGAGUUUUGCCCGAAGGAGGCUUCCUGUUGUCAUGAAAAACAGUGGAAUGGUCGACAGUGUGAAAACCGCCAGUGACUUGGUAACUUUUUUUUCUCUCCAGACAACCUGAGAAUAUAAUGGUCUUCUAUUCGUUUUUUUUGUAACACAAAAAAAUAAGAAGAACGUAUUCGAAAAAUGAAAACAUUUUUUAAAUUUUCUGGUUUUGCACGUAAGAAUUUAACUUUUGGGUGUUUAUUUAUUAUUUCUCCUUCAAAAAAAAUUUUCGAAAAAAAAACCAACGAAAAAUCCCAGUUUUUUUAUAGUCAAGUUUUCACUUUCUCCGUUUAAGUUUUUUUAUUAUUAUAAAUGCUAUUUUAUGUGUAAAAUCGAUUCCAGAUGAUAGAUUGUCUGUUUACUUCCAAAUGGAACGAGGAAAAGUGCUAAAUGAAUCCAUUUCUGUAGCGCCGUCACAAAUUGCCUUAUUUGUCACAAUAAUAACCGAUCAAUACUCCCAGGUAGAGCAAGGCCACGUCCGCGUGGGAACGAAGCUCGUGACGGACCCGGCAUUUAUGGUGACGCGACUACACGAGGACACCGUCACUUGGACCAAUGCCAGCAAGAUCAAGAGACACGUCUUGGACUACAACAACACCCGUGACGAUUUCGAUCUCAUGAUUUGA